CCAGAACCGGCAGCCGCACCGCCAUAAAUCAGCCAUGGGACCUCUUUCCGGCCACCUCACUUGGACUAAAGAAGAUGAUUUCAAGUUAAGAAAAGCUGCUGAGACUGGUAUGUCUUUUGAAUCGCUGGCUAGAGGAGAUGUGCAGUUUUCAAGAAAGUUUAAUCAUAAAGAUUUUCAAGAUCGUUGGCUUGCUAUACUCUAUGAUCCAGCUGUUUCUGCUGAGUCAUCUGCUCGUAUGCUGGAGUUUGAGCAUUCUGAUUCAGCUCCAGUUGUAAAAACUGAUUUUCUAGGCAACACCGAGGAGAAUAUUCCAGCAUCUGGCAAGAGAAAACCCGAGAGUAUACGGAAACGCUAUUAUGCCAUGCGAAAGAAGAUGCGGGACCAUCCGUUGACUCCACCCUCUGUUUUGCCAGCUACAGAUGUUGGUGAGCCACUUCAAAGCGACGAGCCUGAUGGUUUUUUGACAUAUGAAGUUGCUCAUACUGCUGACAUCUAUCUUGAUGAUAAUCAGGAGACUCUUCAUCACGAGCAUCAAAAUUACAUUGUAGGUGAAGAGUCAGAUGAAUUUCAAGAAAUCUAUGACAUGCUUGAGGAUGUCGAACCAGAACUGCCAGCUAUUGAUGAUCAACCCUGUAUUGAAUCGCCAAAUGAAUAUUCUAUAAUUGGAAGAGACCAAAACUCACCAACUGGUUGCUCGGGUGGUGCUGAGCUGGAGAGCCAACUGUUUGGUUACGCUACAACUGCAGUUACUAGCGCUGACAUUCUUUUAGCGGAAUUACAACAUAAUCUCAUGGACCUCAGUACGGUUGAUGACUUUCCUGUCAUGGAUGCUGAUUACAUCGAGCGUUUCAGCUCAGCUUUGCUAGAUUCUCCGAAUAGAGAACUCCAACAUGAUUACAUCGCAGAUGAAUUCAUUCAUAAUUAUCAUACAGAAACUAAAAUCAUGGAGGGCUUAUUGCCGCCAACAAAACCGUCUACCUCAGGAAUCAUCUGCACUUUAAACACCGAGGACCCGGAAAUACCUGCCAAUGAUGAUGUUUUUCUUUUAAAUCUUGUUCCGUCUACUUCUAAUGAGAUGAAAAUGGAAGCUUCCAAGGCUCCAUCUUACCGAGCAUCCAAGUCUACCAGGGUUUCUGGAGCUUAUUUGAAUAAGGAUUUUAGUGUUUCCAAGCCGAUAAGUCCAAGAAAGAGUAGCUUUGAAAAAUCCCAGUUUCUUUCACCAAUCAUUGGUUCACAAUUUCGAUCAGAAAAACUAAGAGAUCAUAAUAUUAAGCAGGAGUUUUCUAGCAAUGAUGGUCAAGAUCAAAGGCAAAUUCGUUCGGGUUUCAUGUCUAGAAGCAAUCUUCUUCCUGCUUCUGACAUGGCGGUGACUAUUAAAACUGAGGAUAAAACAGGUGGUAAGGUUACCUUCACAAGUCCUACUAGGUUAAAUGGUAUGGCUUUCAACCAUGACAUACAUCCCAUGGUCGGUAACAAUGACACACAUGCUAUGGUAGGUAACAGCGGCACACAUGCUAUGGUAGGUAAAAAUGGCACACAUGCUAUGGUAGGUGAAAAUGGCACACAUGCUAUGGUAGGUAAAAAUGGCACACAUGCUAUGGUAUGUAACAAUGACACGCAUGCUAUGGUUGGUAACAAUGACACGCAUGCUAUGGUAGGUAACAACGGGAUACAUGCUAUGGUAGGUAACAAUGGCACACAUACUAUGGCAGGUAACUACGGCAUGCAUUCUAUGGUUGGUAAAAAUGACACGCAUGCUAUGGUUGGUAACAAGGAUACACAUGCUAUCGAUGGUUACAGUGACACACAUGCCAUGUUUUGUAAUAGUGACAAACAUGCCAUGGCGGUUCUUGAAGAACCGUCACAUGUUGAAAUACUCUCGACAGAAUUGGUUAAUCCAGAUCCUAUUGCCAGAAACUUGCCAACACUUGAGAAACCACUUUUAUCUGAAAGUGAUGAUGAGGAUGAUAUACCUAACUUUUCAGAUGUCGAAGCAAUGAUACUUGAUGAGGAUCCAAGUCUAGAUGAACAAAAUAUAUAUUUGAAUGGAAUUGGGAGUUCCAACCAUCUACAGACCUUUAAAUACGAGAAUGCCGACGAUCAAAUGAGAAUCAUUAGGUUGGAACAAGCUGCUAAUGCUAUUGUGAGAAGAGAACUGACAUCACAUGGAGCUUUUGCUGUUUUACAAGGGUGGCAUAUGAAGUUUUACAUUAAGAAACCAGAGGUAUUAAUUGGAAGGGCAACAGAGGAUUUUAAAGUUGACAUUGACUUGGGAAGAGAAGGUCGAAAUAGUAGAGUAUCUCGACGGCAGGCAAUUAUAAGAAUGGAUCAUGAGGGCUCCUUUCAUAUGAGAAACCUUAGCAGAUAUCCAGUUUUUGUAAAUUGCGUGGAACUAACAACCAAUAAGAGUAUUAGGUUGACUUCAAGUUGUUUAAUUGAGAUAAAGGGAAUGGCUUUUCUGUUCGAGACAAAUGAAGCAUGUAUAAAGCAGUAUGUUGAUAGUGUCAAAAACAAAACCCUUAUGAAGGACAAAUUGUGAAGUAUUGUGCUUUCAAUGACUUGAAGGUUUUCGGAGGGUGCUACUUUUUAACUGCACUUUCUGUUCUUCUAGUCGUUGGUAUUAUUCUUUCGAUUACUACUGCUACAAAAUUUUCUUCUUUAGUACAGAUGACAUCCCACCUCUCCCUUA